AUGCGGAACCCAAACAUCAAAGCGAUGAACAUAACCAAACUGCUGGGUGCAGCCACCGUGUCUGGAGCACUCCUCUCCCCAUGCGGGGGCGGUGGCGGCCCCGGCAGCAUCUCCUACACGCUGCUCCCCCGGAUCCACGUCCACUGGGCCUCUAAAGCAGAGGAAAUCCGGCGAGCGGACGAGCUGCUGGCCGUGCCCACGGAGGGCCACGCCUUCGGUCCACGGUGA